GUAACAUGACCUAAAAUAUUCAUCUAAUUCCCAGCGAAGAAUCAAGCUUUUUAAAUAUCUCAGAAGAAAACAGCUUUCGUCCUGUGCUGCAUUCAGGUGCCCUUCGUAAACGUUGGUACGUGAGCGUAAACCUUUCCCACAAUCCCUUGCGGCUGAGCCAUACCGAACUGUCUCUGGCUACAACGCAAAUUCGAUAACGGAGCGACGCCGAGCAUCUUUCAGUGAUUUCAAUAACAUCCAGCCUCGCCUCCGACAUGAUGUGCGACACAACGAACCGAAGUUUUCGCGCGCAGUUAGCCGCUGUCCUGGAUAAGCUAACUAAGGCGGCCCUGGUCGAAAUCGGCAGCCUCGCCGACGAAUGCUCCUCCGUUCUUCACACCGAGAUAUCGCAGCACAAAACGGAGAACGAGGCGCUGAAGAGGAGGUGUUACUUACUGGAGGUCCAGCUGAGAGCAGCGAGGGAGGCGCAGACGUAUUCUGCUCACGUCAACAAUGUCAGCCGGCGACACCCCGCAGAACAGCAGCAGCCGGCUCCAUCCAUCGAUGGAGUUUUUGGAAAGGACUGGUGCAUGGACCUGUGGAGGGAAGAUAAACUGCCUCCUCAAAGGAAAGAGACCGUGGAGCCCGCCGCCAUGACCAGCAUGGGGGUUCAGGCGAUCGAUUUAAUGGAGAGCGAACCUGACCUCGUCUUCGUCAAGGAGGAGAUCUAUGACGACCAUCCCAUCGGCCAGCAGAUGAGGCUCCCGGAUACUAGAAAAGCUGUGGGCAUUUUUGACGAGGACAGCAUGCUCCAUAGAUCUGUUGAUGAGCUGCAGCUUCACUCUGGGCAACUGAACAGCUUUCCCAUGACGGCUGACAGUCAAGCACAACAACGCUCACAGCCGACAAUCAUGGACAAGUUGAUAGACGACGCGACCAUGAGCACCCUGGUGGACGACGCACACGUUCCCUCGGCCCCCGCUGAAUACUCAAACUACGCAAACCACAUCCCGCCGAAUGCGGCCAAAGAAUUCAACGCUCAGUCCAAACCCGCGAAGCCGACCAAGCGGUUUGAGUGCUUAUUCUGUGGGAAAAUAUUCAACUACUUGAGCAGUUUAAAAGUCCACAUCAGGCGGCACUCCGGCGAGAAGCCGUUCAGCUGCUCUGUUUGCGGGAAGCGGUUCGCUCAGAAAACGUACCUGAAACUGCACCAGCGCGUGCACUCUGGAGAGAAGCCCUACAGCUGUCUGGACUGCGGCAAAAACUUCUCCCAGAAAAGCUCUCUGAACAUACACCUUCGAACACACACGGGUGAAAAGCCCUACAGCUGUGUGGAUUGUGGCAAAUGUUAUGCGUACAAGUAUGGUUUAAAUCACCACCAGUGUUUCCACUGACUCGUCAAACCACAAGGUCACUGGUGAGAAGAAACUGAUCCAAAACUGCUACUUCAAGGGCACCGUGUGUGCUAAUAUCUACCCCAAACUCAAGUGUGGUUGGAAAAUGUAGAUUUGACAUACUCCUAUUUAUAUCAAAGAAAGUUAUGCUUAAUGGUGCUGCUGCAAAAUCUAGUUUGAUGUGUUUUAGCUUCAUUGUUAAGAGUAACAAGGGUACAGAGAAUGUGUUCUCUAGUGUACCAUUUGAAUUAGUAGAACUUGGUUUAUUUGAUUGCUUGGGGAGUCUUGUUAAUAAAUGUGCCAAGACCUUAACAAGCAUAUGUCACACAAUAUAGUUUAUAAGAUGCAUAAGACAUAAGAUGAGACAUUUUUCCCGCAUUUAAUGUGACGUGCUCACCCCAAUUGUGACAAAUACUUAGAUUUUAUACAUUGCAUGUAGUCAUAUAGUUGGGGUAAUAUAUUAUACCUCAGUGUCAUAUUUCAUGCCACCGAAGGCCUGGGUUUAAAUGAUGCCAAAAUACUUACAAAAGUAAUACAAAAGUGCUCCAUUGUUUUGCACAUGUAGCUAAAACCUUCAAAACUACCUCUUCACAACAAUGUGGAAGUAAAGCAACUGCCAUGGUUUUUUUCUUCAUUGUUCAAAGCCUCAAAAGUGUCUCAAAUCAUGCCUCAGUCUGUGAUAUUUAAAGAAAGUAGAAAGGUCUCUUUUUGAAUUGUAGAUGUGUGUUGGUUACAUAAUAUUCAAGUGAGAUCCACGAGUGGUUGGGGUUUGAUUGCCGUUAUUGUUUUAAAUGUAUUUAGUGCAUCACAAUUGUAGAAAGAUGAGUGGUACUUUCAAUGUACAGUUGAGGCAGAUGGCGGUGUUUUUUCUAAAUUGGAACCAUUUCUGUUUAAAGGGUUUCAUUUGAUUUUGUAUUUGGCCUCUUCUGAAAAGACCUGCAUAACCCACUCAUUGAUUUAUCCCUGCCCAAGAAAGAAAUCUUAUUAUUUUGGAUGUCCUCCUCCCCCACUUUUUACUCAAAGCUGCAUGCCCUUACAGAGCCCCAUCACAUGUGCAUUGUUGAGAUUGUCAAAGUGUAAAAACGGAUUGUUUCGACUUUAAAAAAAAGUAGACUUGUAUCAAAUAAAAG